AUGGGCUUCGGGGAGGACUUGCAGUGCCCUGGGGCUCACAUGGCGGUCCUCAGGCUGUUGGACUCUGAGAUUCACAUGAUGGAAGUCAUGAAAAAGUGGAUGGGCCAGAGGGCAAAAAGUGAGAGGGAGUUUGCCGUGCAGUUGCACCACAUGGCCGCCAUGGUGGACAAGCAGCCCGGAGUUGGAACGGACCACAUCAGCCAGCUAAACAAGUCUUGGGGGACUCUGGUGUCUCAGACUGACCUUCUGAGCCAGUUGAUGAGGAGGCGCUCUGAAGAGCUGCUGAACGGACCCGUCAGCAAACUCACACUGCUCAUCCGAGAUAAACAGCAACUCCGCAAAACCUACGCGGAACACUGGAGCUUCCUGAGGCAAGAGCUCAGCAAGGUAACCCAGACAGAGCUGGAGAGGCUGAAAAGCAGCUACCGGCAGGCGGCGAGAGACGCUGCCCAGGCAAAGAGGAAGUUCCAGGAAGCCAGUAAAGAUAAAGAGCGUGACAGGGCGAAAGAGCGUUAUGUCAAGGCCACAAUGAAACUCCACGAGGCGCACAAUGAGUAUGUGCUGAGUGUUCGUGCCGCUCAAGUCUACCAGCAACAACACCAGGCUCACAUGCAGCCUGCCAUGUUAAAUGCACUGCAGGCUUUGCAGCAGGAGAUGGUGCUAAUCUUAAAGGAGAUCCUUCAGGAAUAUUUUGACAUUUCCUCCAUGCUUCAUCAAGAAGUGGUGCACAUCCACCGGGAAAUGUCCACUGCUAUUACAUUCAUCGAUCCUCUCACAGAGUACGACGGCUUCAUUCAACACAACAGGUCUGCGGGGGAGACUCCUGCUUGUGCAGAAUUCGAUUGCAGUCUUUUGGAGAACACAGAGAACUUAGAUCCUCAAGAAGUCCAGUUGAAUGACUUAACUCUGGAGACUGUUGAGCACAAGCUGACUACAAUUGAGGAGGAUCUGCUGGCCUUGACCCGCUCUCUCAUCCCACAGCAGGUUUCAGUAGAACAGCUGGAGCUGGAGUUGGAGGCGGAGGAUGGAGAGGUCAGGAAAGGGCAAAGAGUCUACCAUCUGAGCAAAAGACUUGCUCUGGAGGAGUGUCGGCAGCAGGUGACGCUGUCCCAAGGCAGGAGGCUCAAGCUGGAGGUCCAGAGGUUGAUUCUAAAGACAAAGUUGGAUCAGCUGGGCUCCCGAGAACCUCCUCCUGCUCUGCAGCUGGACAAAGACACGCAAUCACUUUUGUCCAAAAGCGUAUGUUCUUUAGAAAAUGAUUACAACCCGUCAUCACUCAAGCUACUCGGGAAUGAGAUCAUGAAAAGUUUGUUUCAAGCCAAAAGUGAUAUUGAAGAGGAGGAUCGUCCUCUUGAGCAGCAGGAAUGGUACCACGGCGCCGUUCCCAGGUUGGAGGUUCAGCAGCUUCUCCAGUGUGAUGGUGAUUUUCUGGUGAGAACGAGUCAGGAAAAACAGGGUUAUGUGCUUUCUGUCCACUGGGAUGGCUCCUGCAAGCAUUUCCUCAUUCAGAAUAUUAACAAUGAGUACCGCCUGGAUGGGGAGAGCUUCCGCAGCAUCCCGCAGCUGAUCCAUCAUUUGCUGUCCUCCCGACAGCACGUCACUCGCAAGUGUCAUAUACAGCUGAGGAAACCUGUGCUCAAGGACAAAUGGGUCCUGGAACAUGAUGGUAUUAUAUUAGGAGACAUCAUCGGGCGGGGUAACUUUGGGGAGGUGUACAGUGGGACUCUGCGCUUCAAUAACACUCCUGUGGCAGUGAAGGCUUGUAAGGAGAAUCUGGCACCAGAACACAGGAACAAAUUUCUGAUGGAGGCCAGGAUCCUGAAGCAGUAUGAUCAUCCCAACAUUGUAAAGCUAAUCGGUGUGUGCACACAGAAACAGCCCAUCUACAUCAUAAUGGAGCUGGUUAAAGGUGGAGAUUUGCUGUCCUUUUUGCGUCAGGAUGGUCCAAAUCAGACUCCUAAGAUGCUGGUCAGGAUGGCAGAAAAUGUUGCAGCCGGUAUGGAGUACCUGGAGAGAAGGAAGUGCAUUCACAGAGAUCUGGCAGCCAGAAACUGUCUGGUGGCAGAUCAGCGCGUUGUAAAGAUCAGUGAUUUUGGGAUGUCGCGACAGCAGGAUGAUGGCGUCUAUUCAGCGGAGGGCAGCCUCAGACAGAUUCCCAUCAAAUGGACGGCUCCCGAAGCGCUCAACUACGGGCGUUAUACCACGGAGAGUGACGUUUGGAGCUUCGGUGUGCUGCUGUGGGAGGUCUUCUCCAUGGGAAUGGUGCCUUACAGCAGCAUGAACAACCAACAAGCCAGAGAGGAGGUGGAGAAUGGCUAUCGUAUGCCAGCUCCACGGGAUUGCCCGCUUGAAGUGUCCACGCUUAUGAGCAGCUGCUGGCAGCAUAACCCCCGAAAUAGGCCAUCUUUUCACAAGCUGAGGGUGGAUCUAGAUGACAUCUGGAAAAAUAAGACAUAA